UCGAUUUUUUUGCGGCUAGGGUUAGGAUUAGGGCCAUGGCGUUCGUGAGCUGGGAAGAGAAAGUGAUCUCAAACGACAAAGGGCGGCGUCUUGUUCACUACUAUUUGAGAAAUCGAGAGGGGAAAAGGUUUUUGGCUGUUGUUGGCAGAGAGAAGAGCUUGAGGCACAUGAGCUACGUUGUCACGACGCAGUUCUCGGCGAUGAUGUCGGCGGCGUCGAGCAGCGGUUCUUCUUCGGAGUCUUACGGUUCUUAUUCGCCUUCGUCGGCGUUGGAUUUUGGGGUUAGGGAUUUUGGUGAGCGCAUGAAGUGGAAAUCGAGGAGGGAGCUUAUCUAUUGGCUGGGUUCGAUUGUUUCCGGUGAGAAAAUAUGAUUUUUUUGGUCCUGAUGAUUAAUUAGCAUUUUUGCCUGGAAAAUUUGUUAUUUUGUUGUUUUGUCUUGUUUAUUUUCCGAAAGAUUGCUUUUUGUGGUCUGGGAUGGGGAAAUUUGGGAUUUUCUGAAUCUGGCCGAUUUGUUUUCUAGAAUUGCUCAUGGUUAAUGAUGGGUUAUCGAUUUUGAGUUGAUCUUUUUUUAAGGUUUCUGGUUUUCCCCCCGUUGAUGGAUUUGUAGUCA